GUUCCCAUAGCAACCGCGGCAGGGCCACGCACCGACGGCGAGUGGCAAGGGUCAAAACAGAUUCACCAAGUAGACGCCCUCGACCCGUUCAGGCCGCGCCUUCGACGCGCCGGACCUUUAAGUAUCACGUGACUCCCUUCGGGCUGGUCCCCGCCUCUUUCCCCUCCCUAGGCCCCGGCGAGCGCUGGUGUGGACCGGCAGCUCCCGGCCCCGCGGACUAGCUGGAGCACGGACGCUGCUGCCGGUUGGGCCAGUACCCUUUCCCGCUCUGGAAAGGAAGAGAAAUGGAGGUGAAAAAGUUGAGCAUUUCCUGGCAAUUCUUGAUAGUUCUGGUUCUGAUCCUGCAAAUUCUGUCUGCGUUGGAUUUUGACCCAUACAGAGUCCUAGGGGUCAGCCGAACAGCCAGUCAGGCUGAUAUUAAAAAGGCUUAUAAGAAGCUCGCCCGGGAAUGGCAUCCUGACAAAAACAGAGAUCCCGGAGCAGAAGACAAGUUCAUUCAGAUCAGCAAGGCAUACGAGAUUCUCUCCAAUGAAGAAAGGAGAUUACAUUAUGAUCAAUUUGGGGAUGCUGGAGAGAACCAGGGCUACCAGAAGCAGCAACAGCAACGAGAGUAUCACUUCCACCACUUCCAUGAAAACUUUUACUUCGAUGAAUCUUUUUUCAAUUUCCCUUUUAAUUCUGAGCGACGGGACUCAAUUGAUGAGAAGUAUUUAUUGCAUUUUUCUCAUUAUGUGAAUGAAGUCGUUCCAGACAGCUUUAAGAAACCCUACCUCAUUAAGGUCACCUCCGACUGGUGUUUCAGCUGCAUCCACAUUGAGCCUGUGUGGAAAGAAGUCGUUCAGGAACUGGAAGGACUGGGUGUAGGAAUCGGUGUGGUCCAUGCUGGGUAUGAGAGGCGCCUGGCCCAUCACCUGGGAGCACACAGCACACCCUCUAUCCUAGGCAUCAUCAAUGGGAAGGUCUCCUUCUUCCACAAUGCGGUGGUCCGCGAGAACCUACGACAGUUUGUAGAAAGCCUCCUUCCAGGGAACUUGGUGGAGAAAGUUACAAAUAAAAAUUAUGUGAGAUUCCUCUCUGGAUGGCAGCAAGAGAAUAAACCACAUAUCCUUCUGUUUGACCAAAUGUUUGUUGUGCCACUGCUGUACAAGUUGGUUGCCUUUGCACACAAAGAUUAUUUAUCAUUUGGCUAUGUAUAUAUGGGCCUGCGAGGAGCGGAGGAGAUCACCAGGCAGUACAACAUCAACAUCUAUGCCCCCACCCUCUUGGCCUUCAAAGAAAACACAAACAAGCCUGCCGAUGUUAUCCAGGCACGCAAUAUGAAGAAGCAAGUCAUUGAUGACUUCAUUGCCCAAAAUAAGUAUCUGCUGGCAGCCAGGCUAACCAGCCAGAAGUUGUUCCAUGAACUCUGCCCUGUGAAGCGGUCUCACCGGCAGAGGAAGUACUGUGUGGUUUUACUGACUGCCGAGGCCACCAAGUUGAGCAAGCCCUUUGAAGUGUUCCUGUCCUUUGCCCUGGCAAACACACAAGACACGGUGAGAUUUGUGCAUGUCUACAGUGACCGGCAGCAGGCUUUUGCCAGCACCCUCCUACCAGACGGCGAGGCGUUCCGAGGGAAGGCAGCGGUGUCUAUUUUAGAAAGGCGCAACACAGCAGGAAGAGUGGUGUACAAAACCCUGGAAGAUCCCUGGACUGGAAGUGAGAGUGACAAAUUCAUCCUCUUGGGUUACCUCGACCAGUUGCGGAAAGACCCAGCCCUUCUGUCCUCUGAGGCAGUGCUUCCCGACCUGACUGAUGAGCUUGCUCCGCUGUUUCUCCUUCGGUGGCUCUACACUGCCUCUGACUACAUCUCAGACUGCUGGGAGAGCAUAUUUCGCAACAACUGGCGGGAAAUGAUUCCCCUGCUGUCCCUGAUCUUCUCUGCCCUCUUCAUCCUCUUCGGCACUGUCAUCAUCCAGGCCUUCAGUGACUCGAAGGAUGAGCGAGAAUCAAACCCUCCAGAUAAAGAGGAAGUCCAGGAGAAGGCUGGGGAGACUGAGCCAAGCCUCACCAAAGAAAGCAGCAGCAAGUUUCCUAAAAAAGGCUUUGUGGAGGUAACUGAGCUCACAGAUAUGACAUACACCAGUAACUUGGUACGCCUGAGGCCAGGUCACAUGAAUGUGGUCCUCAUCCUGUCCAAUUCCACCAAGACCAGCCUGUUGCAGAAAUUUGCUUUGGAGGUCUACACAUUCACUGGGAGCAGCUGCCUACACUUUUCCUUCCUGAGUAUAGAUAAACACAGAGGAUGGCUAGAAUGCUUACUAGAAUUCGCUCAAGAUGCAGCCCCAAUCCCAAACCAGUAUGACAAGCAUUUCAUGGAACGUGACUACACUGGUUACGUACUGGCUCUGAAUGGCCACAAGAAAUACUUCUGUCUCUUCAAGCCCCAAAAAACAGUGGAAGAGGAGGAAGCCAUGGGGUCGUGCAAUGACCUUGAUGCUUCCCUGCACCGGGGUGAAUCUCGAGGGAAACCUUCCAGUGGCCUUGGACCUAAGCCCAUCAAAGAGAAACUGAGCAAGUUGUCCUUGUGGAUGGAGCGUCUGCUAGAAGGUUCCUUGCAGAGGUUUUAUAUCCCAUCAUGGCCUGCACUAGACUGAGGGCAUUUCAAAAAGAGAUUUGGACUCUUCAGACUUUUUAACAUGCCCCUGUGAACAGGUAUUUUCAGGACUCAAACUAUCAUGAUGAACGGAGUAUAGAUUUUAGAUUGUUCUUCUAGCACAGUGGCUAGAAGAAUCCUUUGUCCUGUUAUAACCUAGGAGUGAAAAACACCACAAGUU